CUCUUACAAUACUCUUAAAAUUCUUCAUUCAUCCCGAUUGACCCCUCUUCCCUAACUUCAAAAAAAGUUUUGUUUUUAAGAAAACUUCAAGCGUAAUAAAAUAACUUGAGGAAAUCUAUGGAGUUUUUCCGGCUGAGAAAUUUUAGCUCCUACGCUUCAUGGAUCAGAGCCUAAAGAGGAACCCUUGUAUGGUGUUGCUUACUGAUCUUGCAGCAAAAUGACAAUCAAAAGUCUAUAGCGUGUUGGUCAGCACUUAUUGGCAAAAUGUCCAGAUCCUGGAACCGAUCUUAAGUCGUUUAGAACAGGGUGAAUAAGCAAGAAGGCAAAGGAAGUGUCAAUGGCAGUGCUUGCAGAGGAGAAGACGACAGAAAGGGGCCGAUUAAUAGCACGAUUGGCAACUUUGCUCAUCCGCUAUGCCCAUCCGCUCAGCGUCUUGAGCUGUUUGGCAGGGCUGAUUGCUCUUCUUCUUCUGCCUCUUCUUGCCAAGAAUACUUACAUUUCAGAGAAUGCACUCAUACCUGGUUCUUCGAAUGCCCGGUAUUCAAAUCAGGAGGCAAAGGAGGCAAAUGACUUGGCCAAAGAGAUUCUAGCCUUGAAGCUUUCCUCAAUGCAAAAUCCUGUGGCAAUUCAAAGCUUGUUAAUGCAACACAUGUAUGAAACAGCUGAAGAUGUGUAUUUUCAUAACUUUCUACCUCCAGUUAAUACUUUUGAACCAUCAAGUUUUUUCAUAGAUUCUUCCUACUCCAAGCGAAAAGAGUUUAAAAGCAUAAACUCAUCUGCCCUAGGCGUAAAUGUAGUUGGAAUAAUAAGAGCACCACAUGGUGAUGGUAAAGAGGCAAUUGUAUUGGUUACACCUUUCCGCUCUGACAAUGUUGAUAUAGGUGAUGCUCUGUCUUUAGGGCUUGGAUUCUCAUUAUUCCGUAUGUUUAGUAGAACCAUCUGGCUUGCCAAAGAUAUUGUUUGGUUGGCUGCAGAUUCAAAGUAUGGGGCUUAUGCAGCUGUUGCUGCAUGGCUUAAAGACUACCAUGAGCCUGUAUUUUAUUAUUCUUCUGAAUUUUUGAAGUCUUCCUCACCUAUUAACAGCCAAAAUCCUGCAGAGACAAAAAAACUUACUUUCAAACAGAUUAACUAUAAGAAAGCAGGUGACUUUCAGCGUGCUGGAACUAUUGCUGCUGGUUUGGUCUUUCAAGUGAAGGAAACUGGGAUCCAAAUUGAUAAAGACAGGCUGGAUAUUUAUGCUGAGGGAUGUAAUGGACAGAUGCCAAAUUUAGAUCUGAUUAAUGUGGUGAAUUUUUUAGCAGUUCACAGACAAGGGUUACAGGUGAGAGUGGAUUCAAUAUCUCACAUGCUUAGUUGGGAAUGGCUUGCUUGUUUAGGUAGGAUGUUGGAAUGGCUGGGUAACGUAGUGGGUGGCCUGAAUCCUGGUUGGAAAUUUGGUCUCUCUGCUUUUGAAUAUCUUCAUGGUGCGGCCACCCUUGCCAGCUCUAUCUAUCAUCAGGCCUUGGGUAUACCUACUGGUGCUCAUGGAGCCUUUCGGGAUUACCAAGUGGAUGCAAUUACUCUUAAAAUGUCCCCACAGUUUUUUCUUGAGAAUGAAACUGCCAGGAUGUCAUUUCUCCUAAAGCUUGGCAGGCUUCUUGAAGGGGUAGUACGCUCAGUGAAUAACCUGCUCGAGAAGUUUCACCAGUCUUUCUUUCUAUACUUUUUAACUGCUUCUAGUAGAUUUGUUUCUGUUGGAGUUUACAUGAUACCCUUUGCCCUCCUAGUUGUCCCCCUUAUGAUCCUUGCAGCAUCAUUAUGCUCAUAUAAACAUGAUAGUCUGUCUACAUUUUCAAAGUCUGAUGAUAAGUCUGGGCCUCUAAAACAUCAUGAACCAGAGGUUACUGAUAUAAAUGCUUCACAAUCAGCAACAUCAAACAACCCUUCAGGUCAAGAUUUAAACAUGAAAUUAGGUCUCAACCUUCAGUCGCAGCAAUGGUUUGUUGCUGCAAAAGUUGUUCUCUUAGUUUACUUGUGGGCGUCUGUCAUUGCCAUGCUUCCUUUUCUGAUAUAUAGAUUCUCAAUACAGGCUUCUGAGAUGAAGUUGUUAAUAUGGGUUGUCUUAUCUUGCCUAACCUUACUUGUAGGGAAUAGUAUUUUAGGCUCUCCUUAUACUAGAUUUGGUGUGCAACAUGAUGCAGUCAAUCAAUUUCAUAUGGAAGGUUGGGUUGCACUAAAAGCAUUUACACUUGGUGCUACGACUAUUGGCCUGGGAAUAAUGUCGAUUAUAAAUUGUGCAGCUGCAUUAUUGGGAGCUAUCAUCCUUGUUCCAAUGUGCCUUAGUGUUUCUCCUUAUAAAUAUUUUUUAAAAGCAGGCAAUGUUAGGAAGUCCUUGUUAAUGUUUUUAAGUAUAAUAUUUAUCGUAUUAGCUUUCCCACCUGUUAUCGUGCUUACUCUUAAAGCUCUUUUGGAUGACUUUUCUAAAGUCAGCAUUGCUGACUUAUGGAACUGGACCGAGAUUUUAUGGGCUUCACAGAGUGCAACAUACAUUUACUUGUUUUUGGUUCAUAUUCCCUGUUGGGUUCUUUGUUCCUAUGUUCUAUUGUAUAAAUAAAUUGAGUUCAUUUACAUUGUUCACAAUUGCAUUCAACGUGCUCUAAGUUGUAUAUGUAACAUCAAGAACAUGUUUUCAUGGCCUGGUAUUUUGAUGCAAGUUGAAGAAAAUGUUUGUUUUUGGUGUGGGCUUACUUCAAGAGUCAUGAUAUUCAUUAGAUUUGGGGAUGCAUGCCUUAUCUUUAGAUGUCAGAAGGAGAUUUUCUGCUUCUCAUUUAUAUCAAAAUUUGAACUUUUCAACA